UAAAUUACUUUUCCCUAUUUGUGCUAGUGGAAAGGGUGCACCCACUAGGACACUACCUUAGAGCAUGUUUAUUGGGGUAUCUUAAGUGUGGCUCUUAGUAUAAUAAGUAAUUAAAUUAAAAGGAAAAUAGCCAUUUAUCUAAGAGGCGGGUCUUAAUUAAGGGCUGCAAGAAACGCUUCUUAUGAGACAGGUGUUUGAAAGGAAAAAAAAAAGUUGAACCCGACGAAGAAUCUGGUUCUUCUCUACCGUUGAAUCUCUCUGGCACCAAUCGUCGCAGGAAGGCUGUAUGAUCAAGCUUUGAUCGGUAUCUUCUGCCUUCCAUGGCCAACGAAGUCGAGUGCUUCCUCUUCUCCUCCGUCGACCUAGAUUCCGAAGACGAUCCGCCGCGAUUCUUCUUCCUUCUUCCCUCUCUCUCGCCUCCGUGACUCACAUCUUCUCCCAUAAGAAGUCAAUCAAGUCUAUGUUUAAUCCCUACUCUUUUAUACUUAUCUUCACAAAGCUUUGGGCUUAAACUCUAUCUCUUUCGGUUACAUCAACUGAGUUUUUUUCAUAGAACUGUGUUCUUCUUCGGGUUUUCUGGGUUAUGAGCUUUCGAUUAUGAAUAUUUAGUGUUAUUAUUCAAAGUGUUGUUUUAUCCUCACCAAUCACACUAUUGUUCAGGGUUUUGUUCGUCUGGUUGAACAUUAUGAAGAACGUUGAGAUUUUUAUGAUCUUUCUCUGCUUAAACGCUGCCUUAUAUCUAGUGUCUGCUGACCCACCAACGUGGCCUGCGGAUUCGGGAGGGAAGUGUAGUGUUUCUGAUGAUUGGGAGGGAGAGUUUUUCCCUGAGAUCCCUCAUAUUAAGUACGAGAUAAUCUAUCACGGCAAAAAGGAUGAGCUGUUGGAUGAGCUGCAGACGGAUCAGUGGCCUGCACAGCGGUGUAUUGGAGUGGCUUUGAGUGUGGCUGCGGGAUUGCUUGGAGCUUGUUUCCCUGGGACUGGUGCUAGGAUCGUUGCUUUAGUUGGAGGACCAUGCUCUGAGGGACCAGGCACGAUGGAACGUGGUUGCUAUCAAGGAGAUCGCCAUGGAGAUCGCGAUGUCGGGGAUUUUCAUCUCGAGGAAGAUCAAUCACCCCAACAUCAUCAGCUUCAUCGACAUGAUCGAGAAGCUUAUGAUGCACUUGAUCCAACUGGAAACAUCACCAUAAAAUGGGACAUCAUUAGCUGGACUGCUGAUGGCUAUGUGACUGUUGUAUCAAUCUUCAAUUUUCAACAAUACCGUCACAUUCAAGCCCCAGGUUGGCAACUAGGAUGGAGUUGGUAUAAAAAGGAAGUGAUAUGGAGUAUGGUUGGUGCACAAGCCACAGAGCAAGGAGAUUGUUCUAAGUUCAAAGGCAACAUUCCUCAUUGCUGCAAGAAAACCCCCACCGUAGUUGACUUGUUACCGGGAACUCCAUACAACCAACAUAUAUCAAACUGUUGUCGAGGCGGUUUGAUUAGCUCAUGGGCACAAGACCCCGCAACAGCCGUGGGAAGAACAACCUCCAGCCGCUCUUGCAAUGUACACAGCAUAUGUGUCCCAUCAGAGUUCAUUGGCAUGUGAAAACGAACUACAAAGAGUACUGGUGUGUGAAGGUCACAAUCACAAACUUCAACUACAAUAUGAAUUACUCGCAGUGGAAUUUGGUUGUUCAGCAUCCCAACUUCGACAAUAUCACUCAGCUUUUCAGCUUUACAUUCCCACAACGUUAGAUUCAGAUCUUGUACGCUUUGAGCUUGUCAUCAAGGUAUAUAUGCUCAAAAACACUUCUCACCAUGACCUGGAUUUUGAUUCUAGUGUUCUAGUGUUUGUUUAGUUUUUUUGUCAAAUUCUAUAGGAAGUUUUACUUUGUUUCUUUCAUGUUUGUUUAAAAAUUUUAAUUAAAAAUUUGUAUUUGUAUUUUUAAUAUGUUUCUAUGUCAUAUUUGUUUAGAUUU